AUGUCUACACCCUCAACGGCCACUGCAACGCAUCCCACGCACCACCAGCAACACUACGCAUUUCCUCAUCACCACGCCUACCAGCCAAACGCCUCCUUUCCCGUCACAACCGCUACGGGGACUGCUCGCCUAGCCACUGCACCCUACCCGUACGCCGCCCCUCCUUCGACCGCACCCCUUCCUUAUAACCAAUCUUCGAAAAUGGUACAGCCUGCCUCCACCCCAGCAGCCAUUCCACCGGCUCAGAGCGAAGUCAGCACGGGCACAGCCGGGUCAGAUCAAAGCAGAAGGAGGAAGAAGCCCGACUGGGGCGAGUUCUAUAAAAAUGGCAUUCCCAAAGAGGUCAUUGUGAUCGAUGAUACGCCUCCUCCAGAACAGGGCAAAGGCAAGUCCCGUACCACUGCGGCAGCAGCCUCGAACGGCGGCAUGGCCCAACCUGCCGGCAAGAAAAGGCGCACUGGAAUUGAAUCAGCCUAUGACCUGGGAUACUACGAUCGUCCAUCAUUUUCCACCAUUCCUCAGCAAUACGGUGAAGAGUCCUCCGCAGCCUCCAUUUCUACAGACCGCACAACUUCCCUACACACCACCGCUCCCACAUCCCUGGGUUCGCAGGGCAGUGCGGGUGCUACCAACGGUGUAUAUUAUGAAGACGCCAAUGUUGGCCAGAAGCGGAAACGUGUGACAACACGCAAGUCAGCCCGCGAUGAACAGAAACGGCGGGAAUUGGAAACUGCCGGUGAUGCAUUCCUCAGCUACAUCCCCCCUCCCAAGCCACCGAUCAAGGCGAAGGAAGUCCCAGUGCCUGUUGUUCGAGAUUAUGGAAAUCGCCAUGAGAAGUAUGACGAUGACGACGGUCACUACAUUGUGACGCCAGAUACGCCAUUGACAGAUCGAUACUCAAUCAUCAAGCUUCUAGGACAAGGUACAUUCGGUAAAGUGGUUGAAGCGUAUGACAGGCAGCGCAAGACUCGCUGCGCAGUCAAGAUCAUUCGGUCGAUACAAAAAUACCGUGACGCGUCCAGAAUUGAACUUCGGGUUCUGUCAACGUUGGCCUCGAAUGACAAAUCGAACCGAAACAAGUGCAUUCACCUACGUGAUUGCUUCGAUUUCCGAAACCAUAUCUGCAUUGUCACGGAUCUUUUGGGCCAGAGUGUCUUUGAUUUCCUCAAAGGCAACGGCUUUGUGCCCUUUCCCAGUAGCCAGAUUCAGAACUUCGCUCGGCAGCUAUUCACGAGCGUAGCCUUCCUUCAUGACCUUAACCUCAUCCAUACCGAUCUGAAACCCGAGAACAUCCUCCUCGUCAGCAACGCAUACCAGACAUUCACCUACAACCGAACGAUUCCAUCCUCUUCACACGCCGUUUCACGGAAUGCCCGUCAGCGACGUGUGUUGUUGGACAGCGAAAUCCGUCUCAUCGAUUUCGGGUCGGCCACUUUCGAUGAUGAGUAUCACUCAUCGGUGGUAUCCACGAGACAUUAUCGUGCUCCCGAAAUUAUCUUGAAUCUGGGCUGGAGUUUCCCGUGCGAUAUCUGGAGUAUCGGCUGCAUUCUGGUUGAGUUCUUCACCGGGGAUGCCCUUUUCCAGACGCACGACAACCUAGAACAUCUUGCCAUGAUGGAGGCAGUUAUUGGCUCUAAAAUCGAUACGAAGCUGGUCAAGCAGACGACCCAGGGAGGUCGAAACGGAAGUCAGAACCAGGCGGCCAAAUACUUCAACCGAAACAAGCUGGAUUAUCCUAAUGAGGAAACGACACGAGCCUCGCGCAAGUAUGUGAGGGCUAUGAAGCAGCUUACUGACUUCAUCCCAACCAGCACUACAUUCCAUCGCUUGUUCCUUGACCUUCUCCAGCGGAUAUUUGUCUACGAUCCCAAGAACCGUAUCACUGCCAAAGAGGCUCUGAAGCACCCGUGGUUCAAGGAGUCUUUAAUUGAUGAUGGCACCGAGGCUCUUCGCAUCGGUCAACAGUUGCAACGCAACGGCGGUCAACGCAGCUAG